AACAAGCUCCAGCUGAGCACAGACCAAAAAAAAUCCUUCUCUAAUAUAUAUAUAUUUUUGGAAAUUAAAUUAACUAAACACAGAAUGUCGUCGUGGGUCGGCAUGAAACACCACUCGAAGUUCCGCCAGCUGCAGGCGCAGACGCUCAGCCGCGAGAGCUGCUACGAGAAUCUGCGCUUCAGCAGGGACUCGACCAGCUGUGCGGUGAACCCCAAGUUUGUGGCCAUCAUCGUGGAGUCGGUGGGCGGCGGCGCCUUUAUAGUGAUACCGCGCUGCAACGUGGGACCCAUACCGAUGGACUAUCCGACGGUGAACGGCCACCGGGGCUGGGUGCUGGACAUUGCCUGGAGUCCGCAUAAUGAUCAUGUGAUUGCAUCCGGCUCGAACGAUGGCGUCGCCCGGGUCUGGGCCAUACCCGUGGGCGGACUGACGGCUCCGCUGUCGACGGCCAUUGUGGAUCUGGCAUUCCACAAGGGUCGCGUCGGUCUGGUGCUGUGGCACCCGUCGGCCCUCAAUGUGCUGGUCACGGCCGGUUCGGACAAUCAGCUGGCCAUCUGGAAUGUGGGCACUGGGCAGCUGCUCAGCCACCUGGAUGCGCACCCAGACAUCGUCUACAGCGCCUGCUUCAACUGGAACGGUUCGAUGCUGGCCACAACCUGCCGGGACACGCGGCUGCGUGUCUUUGAGCCGCGCACCGGCGAGCUGCUGGGCUCGGCCGUCUGCCACGAGGGUGGCCGGCCGACACGCGUGAUCUUCCUGCGGCAGGGGCUGCUCUUUACCACCGGCUACAGUCGCACCAUGGAGCGGCAGUACUCGCUGCGUUCGCUCGAACAGCUGCACCAGCCGCUGGCCAUGGUCAACCUGGAUGCGCAAAUCGGCCUGCUGUUUCCCAUCUACGAUCCCGACACAAAUCUCAUCUAUCUGUGCGGCCGGGGGGACCAUCAGAUACCUCAGGUGACGGACAAGGCACCCUUCGUGCACUUCAUAAACUCGUUUGUGUCGAAGGAGCCGCUGCGGGGCGCUUGCCUGAUGCCCAAGCGUGGCUGCAACAUCCACAACUGGGAGAUGGCGAAGAUCUAUCGCCUGAACAACAAAGGUGUCUGCGAGAUCAUUUCGCUGACGAUGCCGCGCCAGACGGACCUCUGCCCCGACGAUCUGCCCGACGAUUUGAUCCCGGAUACGCAGGCCUGCAUUGCCGCCAUCACGGCUGUGGCUUGGAUGAGCGGACAGAAUGCUGACCCCAAAAUGUACUCGUUUAAGGCCAUCUACGGCAUCUGGAAGCGCUCGCUAAUGGGUGACCACAAGGCGAACAUUCUGAACGAACAGCAGACCAUCUGCACCGUCUGCGGGCCGGACCAACAGCAGGAUGCCGGCCAGGACAAGCCACCCGCCGCCGAUGAGACGCUCACAGACAAGCUGUUACUGGCCCUGCAGCAGAUGAUGCAGCUGAACAAGAAGUUGGUGUACAGCCUGGGCCGACAAAGUGUGGUCGCCAGCAUGCAGGAGAUCUGCAUUCGCUCCCUGCAGGAUCGCGUUGAUGCCAUCGAGGCGCUCUUGUGCCCAGGCACCACAUUCGACCACGACGCGAAGCAACAUGCCCAGGCGGACACCGAGCAGCAGCUGGCCGCAGCACUGCCCCUCUCUUCGAACAGUCAGGGCUUUGUUACCCUCUUGAUGGACUCCUUGAUCGCUUCGCUAGGCGGCAGCCAAAAUGCCGCCCCUGACAGCAGCAGCAGCAGCGAGGAGGCGGCUGCCAAUGAUUCAGGUGCAGCCCCGACCCAAUGACUGCUGUGCCGAAGAUGGGCCAGUCGUUAAUGUGUUCUGUAGUUGCAUACAUUUUAUACGAAUAUUCCCGCUGGCUUUCCAGCGGAAGUAGCGAGUAGCCCGCGAUAUUAAAUGGGUGGGAA